ACAAUUUAUACAAGCGCCAGAAAUCCGCACCCAUACAUUAUCAGUGGAACACAUUCAAAACAAUCCCAGUGCAGACAAACGCCACAGAUCUCUAAAUACUGAGGAUCCACAGUUUUCUCGAGAAAUAUGGAUGGAGCCAUGUUUGAGUGUGAUAUUUGCAGCCAGAGGUUUUCAAGCCCAGAGGCAGCAUAAGGCUGCUAUAACUACCAUAUUGAAAUGGUGGUGCCCAAUGCAUCUUCUCAAUCUCUGAAUUGUCUCAGGAGGAACAAAAAGACAGCAAAACUUCUGAUUGGUGGGGAAAGAGAAAGGAAAUUUGCAGUCUGGAGGCAACAGAAACACUUAUCCAGCUUGUAAAGGAUAAUGACAAGAGGCUCAAUGACAAAAACCAAGAAGAGUGUCAUUUGGAGACACAUUACAGAGGCCAUGCAACCACUUGAGUACAACUUGGCCAGGUGGAACAGAAGAGGAGAUUCAUCAAGGCUCACUACAGAGCCUAUGAAGAUAAUAAGGCCAAGUCAGGUACAGGAAGGAAGACAGAGCCAGUCCAUUAUGAUCUCUUCCUUCCUUAAGCAUCAGCCUCUCUCUAAGCCUUCCCUGCUGGUAAUUGAGGGCACUGCCAGCAGCCAGCAAUGCAUAAUAGCUUUUGAGGCAAGCGCAGAUCAUGAGUGUGCCUUCAAUGCCCAGCCUCAACCAGGAACAAGCUCUAGUUUAGUCCCAGUGAUAGAGCCAGAACAAGCACCACCGCCAGACCAGUCACCAGAGCCAGGCCCAAUCCACGAUUUCAUUUCAACGCCUCCACCUCCGCCAGCAAAAACACAAAAACGAAUGAGGCCUGCCUCAGAUAAAAAAGAGAUUUUUGACAUGUUAAAAGAAAUAAAAAUGUUAAUGACUGAGUCACUGGUAGCUACUAAAGUACACCAUGAAGAGCAAAUCAGUCUUCUUAGAUAAAUGAAUGAAAGGGAUCAAAUAAGACACGCUUUAAAAAUUGAAAUUAAACAGAGGCAGUUAGCAUUACUAAAUUUAAAAGCUGUGACAAUGGAACGUGAUGCUAAAAAUUGUAAUAAACAUUAAGAACAUAUCA